AUGGGAACCUUUAUUGGUCACGUAUGUCCAGGUCUGCUUCUGGUUUUGUAUGGACUGUAUCAAGCAAUAGUGGUCUCCAGAGCUGUGAUAUUCAAUGACUCUCUCCUGUAUCCUUUGUGGUCUCCUAAGAAUAAAGGGAGAUGGGCCAGGCUGUGGAAACUAUCCAGCGAAGGUUUGUUGAAGAUAAUGGCUGGCUCCCUCUUAGUGAUUUAUGAGAUCAGCUGCACUCAUGAAGCAUUGAAACUGAUGAACAGGGAGCUGCCACCAAGGUUUCUGUACCCCAAAGAGUGGCAGCACCUCACCAUGUUCACCCUCCUCAUACUCAUGGGCUGUGUAGAUGUCAUGAGCAAGAACAUGCUCCCUCAGAGGUGUGUGGCCCUAGAAAAAGGUGCCCUGGUCCUGUCUUUUUAUGAGCUCCUGCUACUGAUGGUGUCACAUGUUAAGGAGUCAUCGGGGAUUGAGCUGCAAGUUCAUUAUCUGCUCAUCUUGGUGGUGUUCCUGCUGUUGCUGGUGUUAACUGUAGAACUCUGGGCUCCUGAGAUGUUUCAACUCUGGAUGAUGGAGACUUUGCUGAUUCUGAUCAUGGGCUCCUGGCUGAUACAGGCAGGCUUUAUUCUGUACAGACCAGUCUCUGGUUACCCUUGGGAUGAUGAUGACAUGAAUGACCUCAUGUUUGUCACCACCUUCUUCUGCUGGCAUGUGAUGUGUGACGCCUUGUGCCUGUUUGCAAUCUAUGGCUUCUCUUACUUUUGGCAUCAUUGUUACUACUCCAGCUUGAAGAUGAUGGGGUCUAAAAAAGCUCCCUAUCACAAGAGCACUCCAGAGCCCCUCUACAGGCUGUUGCAGGAAAUAGAGCAGCCAGAGAAGGAAGACCAGGCUCCUCUGCUUGCAAAGAGCUCACCUCGAGACAAAGCCUAG